ACUCUGGCUGUCUUGAAUCCCAUGCGCGCCACAGAUCAAGCCAUACUACAGGAUACUGAUAUGGCCGGACCAUUGGUCUUUUGCCUGGCUCUAGGUGGCUUUCUCCUUUUGAGCGGCAAAGUAACAUUUUCGUACAUUUAUGGCAUUGGUGUGAUGGGCUGUAUCGCCUUCUAUUGUCUGCUAUCGCUGAUGGCAACACAGGCGCAAGUAACAUUCGGUGCUGUGGUCUCCGUGCUUGGCUAUUGCUUGUUACCCAUGGUUGUGCUGUCCGGCAUUAAUGUUUUAAUCACCAUACAGGGUACAUUGGGACUUAUUAUUGCUGGUGUGGCGAUAAUGUGGUGUGCAAUGUCUGCUUCGAAACUGUUCGUGACGGCCUACUCGAUGGACCAUCAACAAGUACUGAUUGCGUAUCCGUGCGCGCUUUUGUAUGGAGUUUUUGCGUUGAUUACAAUAUUUUAAAUACAAAAGCAUUCAGCAAAGCAUAAUAGUGGUCAAGAAAAAAUUAUCAUUAUAAAACUAUGAUAAUAAUAAUAAUGGCGAAACAGAUAAGUAACGAUUUUUAAAAUUUAUGCUUUUAUAAAAAUAUGUACAUUUGUGUGUGCAUCUAUUAAUUAUGUAUUUUUUGAAUUGAUAUUUUAUAAUAAAUUACUAAAAUUUUUGAGCACAUCCUUAUACAUAAAUAAUCGU